CAGUUCUGUUAAAUGAAGAUAAUUAUAGAAAGUUAAGAACUGAAUUAGCAGGAAAAGAUUCUAUUACAAUUGACGAAGGACGUAAAUUGCCUGAUAAUUCAAGUUCAGAUUAUGUUGACAAUCAAAUUGUUGAAAAAAAUAAAAAAGUUUUGAUAAAAAAAGAAAAAAAAGUAAUAAACCAAUUGGAAGAAAUUGAAGAAAAAC